AUGAAGGGCCUUUCUCUUCCGUUGGCUCUUGCAGCUGCAUCAUGGUCGUCUUUGGCCCUGUCUAGUUCCUCUAAUGUGGCGGACUUCGCUUCCAACAAGGUUCUUCAUGAUGCUGAGCCUAUUUUUGGAUCCUAUGUCAAAAAGGACACUUCCAAGGCCCAUUGGAUGAAGGAUUACUCAGAUGAUACUCUGCUGGUCCAUAUGAAUAUCCCCGGUACGCAUGAUAGUGCGACUUGGAACUAUACCCAAGCCACCCAAGACGCGCUUCUAGGAAUUACCGGAUUGAAUGAAGUUACUGUGCCGGUGCCAGAAACAUUUCGCUGUCAAGAAUUAUCUUUAAUCAAUAUGCUCAACAUGGGAAUACGAGCAUUUGAUCUUCGCUAUGCAUUCGACGCAACGAAUACAAGCCUUGUCUUCUAUCACUCUCAAGCCCUACUGUCGGAGACCGCUACAUUAGAUGAUGUUUUAUUUGGUUUUUACAGGUGGCUUGAUGACCAUCCUUCUGAGACUUUAUUUCUAUCUCUUCAGUACGAGGGGUCAACUGCAAAAUAUGCGUCCAACAACGCGGGGGUCCAAAUGGAACUCUACAACGCUCUGACAUCGCCUGCAGCUCACCAUUACUUCGUCCAAACAAAGAAUGAGCUUGGAACCCUUGGCGAGGCCCGUGGUAAAAUUACGCUGAUGCGGCGUUUUGACCUGGAUCAAUUGGCAACCUCUUACACGAACUCUCUGCCUGGUCUCCAUUUCUCACCAAGCCUGUGGACUGACAACAGCGCGGACAUCACCCUGACUUACAAUAGCGACAAAAAUCUGACCGCUUAUAUUGAGGACUACUACGAGCCACUCACUCCGUCUGGAUCUAAUGCUACGGAGAAUAUUCGGUGGAAGUACAAUGCCACAACGCAGAAUAUCCUGAAAGCAACCACCACUCACCCUGACAGUCUGUUUUGGACUUGGGCAUCUGCUGAAAACACGGACAAUGAUCCUCCAGUAUGGCCGGAAAUUAUGGCUAUUGGCAACGGCUCUCUGACACCAACUGGUGGUGUCAAUCAGCUGCUUGUUCCUUUCUUGAAGAAGCAACAAGGCAAACGUGUCGGCAUUGUGAUGUUCGAUUUCUAUGACAAGCCAGCUGAUCUCAUCGACACUUUUCUCAGCCUGUAA